UCUCCCACCCCAGCAUCGUUCACCCCGCAAACCUAGCGUGCUCGCCGCCGCCGACGACGACAGCGCCCCAGCUCUCCGCUCCGGCGACCGCCGGUGCACCCCGGCGUUCUACUCCCCCGCGUCUCCAACCGCGGCAGGCACUCCGCAAACAAGGCAACGCCUAGUUGACGAUACACUGUUGAGGAGGAGAUGGCGCCACUCGCACCUAAGCACCGCAAGGCAGCACCUUCCCCUUCCCCCCCGGAGGCUUCUUCUGACUCCGGCAGCGACUCUGACCUCCACCUUGAUGACCACUCCGAUCCAGAGGACAGAUUUUUCUCCACAGGGAACGCCGCCGAUGACGAUGUCCAGAAUUCCUCCACCAGUGACGAGGAGGAGGAGGAGGAUGAAGAUGAGGAGAGCUUCCAUGAGGAGGAGGAUGAUGGUGAGAUGGGGGAGCUUGAGCAGCAGUAUCGCACCCUCCAGGCCAAUCAGCAAAGCAUUCUUCAAACCUUGAAACAACACAGGGACGACGAUGUCUCGAGAGGCCAGGCAGUCAAAAACCAAAAGGCGCUAUGGGAUAAGACACUGGAAAUGAGAUUCUUGCUGCAAAAGGCGUUCUCCACUUCAAACAAGCUUCCCAGGGAUCCAUCCAAGUCAAGGUUCUGCAGUCACGAUCAGGAGAUAGAGCAAGCAUAUGUUGAUCUGUUGGACUCAUCGAAACAGACUCUCGGUUGCAUGCUGGAGCUGCAGGAGGCUUUACUGGAGCGGAACCAGGCUGCAAAGGGUGUGAAUGAUACAUUGCCUGACUCAAAUGGAGAGGAUGAUGAGUGGUUGCAAGUACAGAAGGUGCAGACAAGGAUAACCCCGUUCAGAAAUACUGAGAUAGAUAAAUGGCAGAGGAAAACACAGGUCACAACUGGCGCUGCUGCACUGAAAGGAAAGUUGCACGCAUUUAAUCAGAACAUAAGUGACCAAGUUGCUGGUUACAUGAGAGACCCAAGCAGGAUGAUUAACCGGAUGUACUUGCGAAAAUCUGAUGUUGGUGUAUUCGGGGAGAGUGCAGCAGAGUCUGCUACUACCGUGGAGGGGAAGGAUGUGGAAGGUGAUCCUGAACUUAUUGAUGACUCUGAAUUUUAUCAUCAACUUCUCAAGGAGUUUCUCGAGUCGUGUGAUACAGGAGGAGCAUCUGAGUCUGCAUUUUAUGCUCUGAGGAAGAAGCAGAAUAAGAAAAGAAAACUCGUUGAUCGCCGCGCUUCAAAAAGCAGAAAGAUAAGGUACAGUGUUCACGAGAAGAUUGCUAAUUUCAUGGCCCCGGUGCCUAUGACGGUUCCUCCAAUGGCUUCGAAAUUGUUCGAGAAUUUGUUUGGAAUGGGCAACCUGCAGAAGUCAGCCGCGGUCUGAUUUUAGGAGGUGUCCAAAAUGUUGUUCAAGCUAUUUUUCGCGUGAUGGAUGCUAAUAUGUGAAACUGCAGUAACACUACAAAACUUGUACCCACGCAUGCAUGACCUAUGUAGAAGAUGAGUGUUAUGAAUAUCAGUUGCUGAUCUGAUUAGUAAGAUGCCUUCGGAUUCUUCAUCUGUUAAACAUAGAAGAGGAUAAGCAAGAGAGUUAUCGAUGUAUUCUUAAACCGUGAUUUAUGAAAUCAAGUAUUUUUCACCUUUU